AUGGCUCGUCCCCCACUGUCCGAAAACAGGUCCAUGGCCAUACUGAGGGCCGCCAGGCAGGGCAACUAUGCCGUGCCCGGAAUGUGCUGUUAUAACAUCGAGUCCAUCAUCGCCACCGUCCGUGCCGCCGAGGCAGCAAACUCACCCGCAAUGGUGCUCCUUUUCCCCUGGGCAAUCGAGUAUGCCGGCACCUCGCUGGUGAAAGCCGCAGCAGACGCCUGCCACAGUGCCAAGGUGCCCGUGUCGCUGCAUCUGGACCACUGCCAGACGCCCGAGCUUGUGAGGCGCGCAGCCGACAUCGAGGACGGCUUUGACUCCAUCAUGUGCGACAUGAGCCACUAUGACAAGGAGGAGAACCUCCGCCUCACCAAGGAACUGGUUGGCUACUGCCACGAGAGGGGCAUCGCAGCCGAGGCAGAGCCCGGGAGGAUCGAGGGCGGCGAGGAUGGUGUCGCUGAGACGGCAGACCUCGGCGGGGUGCUGACCACCCCGGAGCAGGCCGAGGAGUUUGUGGCCACGGGCAUCGAGAUGCUGGCACCAGCCUUCGGGAACGUGCAUGGCAACUACGGCCCCAGAGGCAUCCAGCUCGAGUAUGACCGCCUGCAGAGCAUCUACGACAAGGUCGGCGACCGCGUGCAGCUUGUCCUCCACGGUGCCGACCCCUUCACCCAGGAAAUCUUCAGCAAGUGCAUCGCUGGAGGAGUCACAAAGGUCAACAUCAACAAGGGCAUGAACAAGCACUAUGCUGCCGUGCAGGACGAGAUGCGAGGGAAACCCCUGACCAGCGUCAUCGAGGCCGGCACGAAGCGCAUGCAGGAGGCCAUCGAGACAUACAUGCAGCAGCUGGGCAGCGCUGGCAAGGCAUGA